AUGCCAAUGAAGAAUAUAUGUGCCCUUAUAUAUGAGUACAUGGGAAACGGAUCCCUGGACAAACACUUGUUCAAAGAGAGUAAAGCAAAAGCUAUCAAAUGGGACAAGUUACAGCAAAUCGCCAUUGGGACAGCUAAAGGCUUAGCAUACUUGCAUGAAGGAUGCCAAAAAAGAGUCACUCAUUAUGACAUAAAGCCUGAAAAUAUUCUACUAGAUGAAGACUUCAUUCCUAAAGUGGGUGACUUCGGACUUGCCAAGCUUUGUAACAGAGAUAGCUCUGAUGUGUCACUAGCAGAAAAUAACUGGGGAACUCUUGGCUACUCAGCACCAGAAAUCUCCUUCAAGAAUCAUCCAAUAACAUAUAAGUGUGAUGUAUAUAGCUUUGGAAUGGUACUGUUUGAGAUAAUUAGCAGGAGAAGAAAUACAAUUGUUCAUUCUUCUCAGGAUAGCCUUGAUUUUUUUCCUCAACAUGUUUGGGACAAAUAUGAAAAAGGUGAACUGCGUUCUAUGACAAAAGCUUGUGGGAUUGAAGAGAAACACAGAGAGGAAGUAGAGAGAAUGUGUAUAGUGGCAUUAAGGUGUGUACAAGACUUGCCGCAGGCGAGGCCACAAAUGAGUGAUGGGGUGAAGAUGUUGGAGGGAGGAGUGGAGAUUUUGCCACCUGCAAAAUCAUUUCAGUAUUUGUUCCCAGUAAGGACGGCUGGGCUUAAUCCAGUGCUAGAAAGUAUUGCUGGUGGUGAUUCAAGCACUGGGACAAGUGAAGAAAUUCUGUCUUGCUGGUACAAGGAGUACACCAAUCCAGUCAUGGCCAAGCAUGAAACGGAGAUAAAAACUGUAUAG